GUGUUCCCACUCUCUCUGUCAAAUUCUGGAAUAUUUGAGACGCUUCUCGAAUCUUUAUCACAACAAUCUAUAUAUAGUUCCAUUCUAAAAUCUUGUUUCCAAAUUUCUGUUCUUUAUUCAAUCGAAAAACCCUCUUGAAGAAAACACAAGAAACCUUUUUUUCUCAAUUGAAUCAGUGAUAUGGCGAAAGAAGGACCUAACUGGGAUGGUUUGCUUAAGUGGAGUAUUGCUAAUUCCGAUGGAACUCGUCAACCUCGUAAUUUAAGUGAGGAGGAUAGAAAAUGGUUUAUGGAAGCGAUGCAAGCUCAGACCGUUGAUAUUGUAAAACGUAUGAAGGAGAUCACACUUGUGAUGAAGACUCCUGAGCAAGAGUUGGAAAACCAAGGGGUUACCCCUGCAGAUAUUGAAGAUAUGUUGGAUGAGUUGCAAGAGCACGUUGAAUCAAUUGAUAUGGCUAAUGAUCUCCACACAAUCGGCGGGUUGACUCCUCUUCUUGCCUACCUCAAGAAUCCUCAUGCCAACAUUCGAGCCAAGGCAGCUGAUGUUGUAACCACAAUAGUCCAGAAUAAUCCGAAAAGUCAGCAACUUGUUAUGGAAGCAAAUGGCUUUGAACCUCUUGUUUCUAAUUUCAGUUCAGAUCCUGAUGUGACUGCUCGAACCAAAGCACUGGGUGCAAUAUCCUCUCUAAUCCGACACAACAAGCCAGGUGUCGCUGCAUUCCGUCUAGCAAAUGGUUAUGCAGCCUUGAGAGAUGCAUUGACCUCUGAAAAUGUUAGAUUUCAAAGGAAGGCUCUUAAUUUGAUCCAUUACUUACUGCUUGAGAACAGUUCAGAUUGCAACAUUGUGAAAGAGCUAGGGCUCCAUCGUACAAUGAUGCACCUUGCCUCUAGUGAUGAUGCAGAUGUCCGUGAAGCUGCCCUUAAAAGCCUCUUCGAGCUUACUCGCAAUACAAAAGAUGGCUCCGACAGCUCUCCAGAAGAUAAUGAGAAAAUGAAGCAGCUUCUUCAAGAGCGGAUAAACGGCAUCAGUUUAAUGUCAACUGAGGACCUUGGAGCAAUUAGGGAGGAAAGGUUGCUAGUGGACUCCCUUUGGAGUACAUACUUCAACGAGCCGUCUUCACUUCGAGAGAAAGGUCUUCUUGUGCUUCCUGGUGAAGAUGCACCUCCUCCUGAUGUUGCUAGCAAACACUUUGAAUCUCCUCUUAGAGCCUCUUCUGGGAACCCUAAUUCCAAGAAAGAUUCCAACAAUGAAAAGAAAGAUGCACCACCUUUGCUUUUAGGGCCAGGGCCUUAAGCUGCAGAGAACUAACAAUGAAGUUAAUUCAUGUAGAAAGGAAAUGCUACAUAUACUAUUAAAUGACGUUUUAUUGCAUGUAACUUUAAUCUUUUGUUUCUUUGUACUAGACUUGUUCUUUCUUACAUGCAAUAGUCAUUUAUUUCUUUUACCAUCUA